UUACCCUUCUUUGAAUUCUUAGAUCGUGCGUUAAAGCUGUAUGAUUAGGACGAUUCUCCCUUACGAAUUGCGGUAUCUACAGCGGGGCUCCAAAGGAGCAGAAGUGUCGGUAUUCGGGAAAAUGUUUCUGACCCUCUCCUUGCAGGUAGUUGUAGGUUGGUGACGAAUGAAGAGGACGGCUUCCGACGAUGAGGAUGGGGGUGCCAAGAAGGCCCCCAGGUUGUCACCAGGGCCGAGUAGGCAGGGCCCCAGUUACUCGAUCGAGACGGAUCCUUCGGAGGAUUCCCCGGAGGAUAGCUACGAUACGGAUCCGUCGGAGGACCCAUCUACGACUCCUCCAGAGACCCCGAACCCUGGAGCAGAGGAUCCCGUGGAGGAUGGCUACGAUACAGAUAUCUCGGAGGAUUUGGCGAUGACCCCUCCGGAGCUUCUUACCUCCGAGGAGGAGGAUAGUCAUGAGGCAGGCCCGUCGGAGCAUUCUUCUGGGAUGACGCAGGAGGAGAUUUUCAAGUAUGCACCAGCUCUUAUUAUUAGGGAGAACCUUGAUAGCCCGGCCACCUCGGAGAGUGCUAUGGAUUUCUCCUGUUCUUGGCCUGGGUCACCAGUGGGCCAGGAUUUGUUUGAUCGUCCAUACCCCUCCGAUUCAGAUGCGGGUGAUAAUGGAAACCGGGUAGGUAGGGAGCAGACAGGCGUGGAUGAUAGUGGGCAUACCUCUCACGGCAGCUCCCCAGGUACAGACGCGCCAGGUGACACGCCGCCAGUGUAGGUUCUGACUCUGCCAUUCGAAGAGCUCCUUUGACUCGGAGCAUAUCUUUUGGUAUAUAUUUUCUGUCUUCUGUGUACUCCGUAUGUAUGUAUAUUCUGGGUACGGCGGGGCCCUGUCCCGUCAUAUGAUCCUGUAUGUCUGUAGAGGCCUGUAGAUGGAUAUGUGGGUUACGGGUUUCGUCUGUAUGUUAGCCUUAUCGGCUUAUCUGUAAAUGUCUGUAUGUUCAGGUAUAUGUAUAUAUAUAUGUA